AUGGAUUUCGCGUACGACCAUAUACAGGAAGAGAUCCUCACCUCGAACAAGGACGAGGCUUCUUCUGAAUCGAAUAAUGAGAGGUCCAACAGCAACCUCAACACCGAGCUCCAAGAAACCUUCCGCGCCUUUUCCGCUAGUCCGUGGGGUACCCGAAUCGGAGGACUCUGGGACAAUGUACGCAAGCAGGGAGAAAGCUACUACGAAGGAGCUCAAAAGGAAUACACUGCUGCUAGCGAGGAAGCAGUGAAGGGGUUCUCGGACCUGCGGGACAGCAUUGUUGAUCGCACAAAGGGGCUGUCUCUCAGCACAGUCGGGCUCACAGGUGGCAAUGAAGGACAAAAGGAUGGAGGUACUACACCCACAGCUGCAACAGAAGGAGAGUCCAAGGAACAAUCGCAGGAAGCUGGUGCUAGCGGAGAGGGUUUUAUUUCACGCUUCAAGGCUGAAGCCGCCCGGCGAUUCAAGGAAAUCGAGAAGGCCGAAGAGGCCGCCGACGAAGCAAUCAUGCGGUUUGGCCUGAAUAUUAGCCAGAAGCUGCGCGAGGCUGUGAGCAUUGUUCCACCGGAGACUGAUGAUUCUGGCAAGCUUCUCUUCGAGAGUAAGGACGCCGACGGCAAGCGAGUCAUUCAUGCGACUCGGUUCGAGGCCCAGCUCCACGUCAUCCACUCCAACCUGGACAGUUUCACCAUAGACCCUGUUAGCGACAAGUUUCCCGAGUUUAAGGAGAAUUUCAACGUCGAAAGCAAAACCGAUGAAAUCGCCACCGAUUUGCAGAAGUACCCCGAGCUGCGAUCGGCCAUGGAGAAGCUUGUCCCGGAGCAGGUGGAGUAUGCAGAGUUCUGGACUCGUUACUAUUUCCUUCGUCUCGUCAUUGAGACGGAGGAGAAGAAACGCAAGGAGCUUCUGAAAGGCGCUAAUGCUGAAGAUGAAGAAGAAGUUGGCUGGGAUGAUGACUCCGGGACCGAGUCCGAAUCCCCCUCCACUCCCCAGGUUCGCGCUGGCAAUCAGAAUCUCGCCGCCAAGGAUAUUCGGAAGGCUGAGCCUCGCCGAUCCAAUGACCAGCACUCCCAGGCUGACAGUGAAUCAAGCUACGAUGUCGUGAGCGGGACUGCCAGCCGGACUCCUGGGAGCCCCAAAGAGAAGAGCCCGACUACCCACGCCAAGGCGGUUGACAGUGAUGAGGAUUGGGAAUAA